AUGGGCUGCAGUCAGCUGGAUGAGUUGACAGAAAAUGAGAGGAGUCAGAUUAUUAGGUGUCUGCAGACUGGGUCUGAAAUGAUGGUGUACCACCAGAAGGCUGAAAGACUCACUGUUAAAAUCAUAAUUGAAACGAAGCAAGUUGCUGUAUUCUGCUCUCCUGACAAAAUAAACACAACAUUGAACAUCGCCGAGAUCAAAGAGAUCCGUCAAUGGGAGACAUCAGAGGAUUUCCCUCGAUUUAUAGAAAAGAGAAAAUUUCGAAGAAUGUUUAACCAAUCAGUUCCACAGGACUGCAAAACCUGUUUUACCAUCUUUUAUGGCACAGAGUUUAUCUUAAAUUCACUGAGUUUUAACGCUGAUACAGUUGAGGAUGCAGAAAACUGGCUGAUAGGACUCGAGUUACUCAGACAGGAGACACUGGCAGCUAACACACCAGAGAUUAUAGAGAGUUGGCUGUGGAAGCAGAUGUACUCUGUAAACCAGACAAAGAAAAACAGUAUCUCCAAAAAAGAUCUCAAGUGUCUUUUGCGUAAGAUGAACUUUACUGUAUCAGGUGGACAUCUAGAGGAAGUACUCGAGAUGGUGGGAGCAAAUGAAAAUGAACUCAACUUUGAACAGUUUCAUAAAACCUACAAUCACUUUAUAUUCGAAAACCAAAAGUCGUUACUGCAAGAGUUUGAAAAGGGGCCAGCAGCUUUCAAAUUGAGGAACACAGAUGCACCUGAUUCUUCUACAAUUGGCCUCUAUGAUUUUCAAAGAUUCAUUUUAUAUGGACAGAAAAUUUGGUUAAAAGAGGCUUGGACCAAAGAUCUUGAUCAGGCAAAAGAUUUGAUGGGCAUCUUCAUGGACAAAUCAAGAAAAACCAAUAAUCCAAAACUUACUGUUGGAGAGUUCCUCAGUUUUCUCUUCUCUAAAGAAAACUCUAUUUGGGAUGAGAAGUUUUCCGAGAUAAAUCCACUGGAAAUGAACAACCCUCUGUCUCACUACUGGAUCAACUCUUCUCACAACACAUAUUUAACUGGAGAUCAAAUAAGCAGCGAAUCAUCAACUGAAGCAUAUGUACGUUGCUUAAGGCUGGGUUGCCGAUGCAUUGAGUUGGAUUGCUGGGAUGGUCCAGAGGAACCUGUCAUAUACCAUGGUCGGACCAUGACCUCCAAGAUAAAGUUGAAAGAUGUGGUGAAGGCCAUCAACGAUCAUGCUUUUGCAACAUCCGAUUACCCUGUGGUGCUGUCAAUUGAAGAGCAUUGUAAUACCAAACAACAAAAAGUGAUGGCUCAAAUGUUUCGAGAUGUGUUUCAAGACAAGCUCCUGACUGAGCCUUUGGAACCAAAUGCAAACCAGCUUCCCUCACCAAACCAGCUAAAGGGCAAGAUCAUCAUAAAGCACCGCAAAAUACAAGAGAGCGAUUCAAACGCUAAAGAAAGUGUUGCAAUGGAGAAAGAAGCAGAGCUUUGCAUCUGGGAUCCAAUUGAUAAGAGGUUUUAUAGGCAUGACUGUGUGCUCUCAGAAAAUAAGCUGUACUAUUCUGAAGAGAAGCAGCACAAGGACAAUGCAGAGGAUGGUUCAGACUGGCAUAUUUCAGAGCCCUGGUUUCAUGGACGAAUAGCCGGUGGCGGAAACACUGCUGAGUUAUUACUGCAUGAUUUUUGUGAAAGAAGAAACAGAAUUGAUGGAACCUUCCUAGUGCGAGAGAGUGAGAUGUUUGUCAGAAACUACAGUAUCUCCAUCUGGUGGUUUUACAGUAACCUAAGUCGAGGUAAGGCAGAGGUAUAUCUGAAAACAAUCCCUCGAGAUGGAGGCUUCCUUGUCAGACAAAGAAAGGAGCCCGACACCUUUGCCCUCUCAGUCAGAGUCAAGGACGAUGUCAAGCAUUUUCUAAUUCAGAGAAACAUCGAGUAUGAGCUUAAAUCCUUUAGUUUUGGCAGCCUUGAGGAGAUGAUCAGUCAUUUUCAAGAGAUUCCAUUAAACUACAAACUACGCUACCCUGUAACACCAGAACUAGUGGAACGCUUUCAGAAUAGACACGAAGAGGAUCUCUUAACAUGGGAUAGUGAGCCAUACGAGGAGAUUGCUGACGGUAAUCCAUUAGAUAAGCGAUGUAAAGGAGUGGUGGAUAUCUUGAAGUGUAAUGUUGAAUGCAUAACCAGAUAUGGCACACCCAAAAUGGUGACCCUUGUAAAUAAAGAAACUUCAAAACGAAUCAAGUUCACAACUGAGAGCUUUGAGGAGGUGGAUGAAUGGUACCAGGUGAUACUAAACAUCAUUCAAAGACAGCAGAAGCGGGAGAAAAUGAGAUUAGAAGAACUGGAGUCCAAAGCCAAUAUAGCUCUUGAGAUGUCUGACAUGGUGGUUUACUGCCAAUCUGUCAAAAAAAGUCCUUUGAAAAGUACAGCUACAAAGAAAUCCGCUCUCUUCCGAACACUAUGA